AUGGAGAGAUAUGAAGAUGACGACCCGGAAUUCGUCAAGACUUUCCUAACGUCAAUCUAUGUUGAUGAUUUGAGUAUGGGAGGAGACGCAGAUGAGGAAGCGUACCAGAUGAACAUCAAGUCCAAACUAAGACUAGCAGAGGGUGGGUUCAACUUGAGAAAAUUUGUGACAAAUUCGGCUGACUUAAGGAACCGCAUAGAAGAAAAUGAAAACAGAUUACACUACGGUCAUUCUACCCCGCCUAUCAACAAGAGGAGCACAGCCGAUGAAGAGAACCUCGAGGUAACUGCAGUUAAUGACGACACUCGGAAGUUGGUUUUUGAGAAUGAACAGUCCUACACCAAGGGUACACUUGGAGGCAUACAAGAUGAUGAUAAGUCUGUACAGAAGAUUCUCGGAGUUCAGUGGAACUUUGUUGAAGACCAGUUGAAAUUUGACAUCAAUUCUAUUGCCAAGGAAGCCUUGGAGAGCAUUCCCACUAAAAGGAACAUUGCCUCAAUUGCUGCAAAAUUCUAUGAUCCCAUUGGUUUUUUGUCCCCAGUUGUUGUACAUUUGAAACUCUUGUUUCAAGAACUUUGUGAAAGCAAAACCGACUGGGAUUACACAUUGGAAGGGGAGCUGCUCACCAAAUUCUGUGAUGCUUCGCUAAACGCAUACAGUGCAGUUGCCUACCUUGAAAUCAAAACAACCUCUCAAACCUACACUAUAUUUGUAGCUUCGAAGACAAGAGUAGCCCCACUGAGCAAGGAAACAAUUCCCAGAUUGGAACUUCUCGGAGCAGUCGUACUAGCUAGACUUAUCUCUGCUGUUAAAGCAGCUCUAGAAUGCGAAGCACUUAUUAAGAAGAUUACCUGUUGCAGUGACUCCGAGAUUGUGCUCUGCUGGAUCAAGAACACUGGUAAAGAAUGGAAACAGUUCGUGCAACACCGCGUCGCCGAGAUUAGAAGGCUUCUCCCUGUUGACUGCUGGAGACAUUUUCCUACUGAUAGCAACCCUGCGGACAUCCCAUCAAGAGGAAUGAAUCCUUCUCAGUUAGCUUCAAGCGCUCUUUGGCACAAUGGUCCAGAGUGGUUAGGCUAUUACAAGGACAAUUCAAUUGAGGGUAGCCAUGCCGAACACAUACCUGACGAGUGCUUAGCAGAAAUGUCUGUGAAGAAUCGAGAACAACUCAAAACCUCGACCUCCGUUAUCAGUUCUGAAAGCCAUAGCAUCAGUAGUCUUAUUGAUCCAGACCGCUUCAACAAUCUCCAUCGCCUGUUACGUGUUACAGCUUAUUUGUUGCGAUUUGUUAAGAACCUUAAGGAAAGACUGGGAGGUGGUGAACAAGUGUCUGAAUCAGACAUAAGCGCUACUGACAUGAAGGAUGCAGAACAGUGUUGGAUUUUAGAUGUGCAGAAAACUCUGCGACUUAAUAAGAAGUUCGAAAGCUGGAACCGCGAGUUCCAUCUCUUUACUGAUCCUGAUGGCCUUCUAAGGUGCAGAGGAAGGCUGUCUCAUGCUGAACUUCCAUACAAACCAAGCAUCCCAUCCUACUUGAUAGUGUCCACAGGUUUACCGCCCUAG